UCAGCUUCUUAGUGAUGCACUUGUGAGGGGUACAAACAGCUCCGUCACAUGUCGACAGACUGCGACCCCACCCACCGACGCUUCGUUGAUCAAAAAAGCGGCGAAACGGACCUCACCAGAUGUUCCUCCGUUCCUCCUCACAAGUGGGACUCGGAGGCAAACAGAACGGCAUUCAGAGGCAAUGUGCCUCCACUUCGCCGCUCUUUCAGCGAAAUCACAAAAUCCUCAAACAUCACUUUCGGAAAGCGAAGGACUUGCCAACAAACCACAUCAGCAUCGGUAGUAUGCAUACCUUUCCUAGCCAGUAGCAUACAAUAUGGCUUCUGAAUUACUGACCGGCUCCAGAGCCCCAGAUCGUCGGCCGCUGUUCAACAGCAUGUCUGGCCAUGGCCAACGUUACUCUCAUUAUGGAGGUGGUGGUGGAGGAGGAGGGUAUCGAGGCGGAGACGGAGACCGAGGACACGGCGGCGGCGGCCGAGACUAUCACGGCGGCCGUGGCCACGAUCGUCGAGAUAGCUAUGGUCGUGGUGGCGGAGGCCGUGGCGGUGGUGGUCGAGACUUUCGUGGAGGCCGUGGUGGUCGGGGUGGAGGACGAGGGCACAGAGGCGAAGAACCAGAAGAGCCUGAUUUGCAAGACAUCAAAAAGGUCAAAACGAACAAGAUCCUCGGCAAGCUACCGAGCAGUUUCCGAUUUUACUAUUAUACAGCAGCUGCAAUGAAGAAUGAAAAGGAACAAGUCGACAGCCGCUAUCGCCGCCGGGCUUUGUUUAACAAGGCAAUCUUUGACAAUCUGCUAGCCGACAAGUCACCGAAAGAGAAGCAACGCAUCCGAAAGUCCAUGUUCUUUGAGGGAUCAUUCUUCUUCUCCACUGUCCAGGUCGAAGGGCUUGAAGGCCACAAAUUGCCGUUGAAGCUUGUCACUACCGACCGUGGAGAAACCUUCACCGUGCUCAAGGAGCAAAAGUUCAAGUGCCCAAAAUCCAUGGACAAACCCAAGCAACCACAAGCUCUGGGAGCCAAUGUUCUGCAAUUCGAGCAUCAGUGUAGCAAUUGUGGCAUGAAAUUUUCCGACACUCGGUCUCUACUCCAGCACUGCCAGGCUCAGAGUCAUAUGCCAGUGUACACCAAUCCGGAUGAUCCUACCUUGCUGGAACCCGACGACAAGUUCUUUCUCCAGUAUUGCAAUGUGGCCUUGGCCAGAGCACUACAAGACAAACUGACAAAGUGGGGCACCGAGUUUAUUGAUCCAACCCAAUACACGGAACCCACGGAUUGGCGUGGCAAUAGCUUGGGAAUCACAAUCUACCGGGCAUACUCGUGCGAUUUUGGUUUGGACCGGAGCAAGUUGCGAGCACCCGGACAAGUGUCGGCAACUCACUUGACGUUGACCGUGGACCUGCGCUCCAAGAUUAUGCGCAGUACAUCGCUGCUGGACGAAAUCUAUGGCAACAACGUUGGUCGCCAUCUAUCGGAUCAUGAAAAGGACAAAUUGAAACGUCAGUGGGAAGGGCAAGUGGUAAUCUACAAGCUCGAAAAGAAAUGCUACUCGAUUGUGGCUCUGAGAUUUGAUCUCUCCCCCAAGACCUUUCCUGUCAAGGGCCUCAAGAGUGAGCAAGGCGACCGAGAUAUGUUGCAUAGUGAAUACUUUGAGAUACGCAAAAAUACAAGCCUUCAAUACCCCGAUGUCUAUCCCAUGGUAGAAGUUCAGGGUCGUCGGAAGGAGAGCAUAUAUUUUCCCGCAGAGUUGGUCUGUGGAAACGAGCUGAGCUCUUCCGUCAGGGAGCAGCUGCCUCAAAUUGCCAGCUACCUACCAAAAGAACGGAAUGAAGCAGUCGACAAGAUGCUGCAAUACCUGGGCGAUGGACAGGGAGGGCAACUUUUGUCGGCCUAUGGCAUUACCUUGCAGCAGGAGAAGGACGAAAGCGACCCGGCCAAUCCGAAAUUCAAAGCCAAGGUGAUUGUUGCCAAAGCUGUAGUCAUGUCGGUCCCUGAAUUGGUGGCAAACGGAGUCAGAGUGCCAGACUUCAAGUUGAAAGGGGAUACCUGGGGCACUUUGAAAAGGUCCACAUACAGGGUCGACCCCAACGAGAUGAAUAUUUUCAACGUGGUGGUUGUGCACCAUGGACACCUCAGCGAAAAUGCUGUCAUGGAUGUGUACGGAAAGGUUCGAGACAAUGUCAACUCCCUGAAUUCUUGUUUUCAGUUUCAACAGAGACCAGCUGAUUUGGUCAAAUUUGAAGGAGGACAUGGCGAGCUUCAGAAUCACUGCAACGCUGUUCAAGACUACUUUGGACGCAGUAAACUUCAAAAUGUGUUUGUACUCGACCUCAUCAAACCAGCAUCGAAGUAUGAUCCUGCCUAUCCAGUGAUAAAAAGAGUGCUUGGAGAGCAUGGCUAUCUUUCGCAGUGUAUUAGCUUCAAAACAUUCGAUCACGAACGGCCACCUCGGAACAAAGAGGGUAGAGGCAGGAUGAUUCUUCAGGGGGUUGCCCGGCAAGUCCUCCAGAAAUGUGGGGCCAGGUUGUGGUGGGUGAGACUUCCGCCAGAGCUUCCCCUUCCGUGCGUGAUGGUCGGUGUCGACGUUUUUCACUCGCCCAGAGAGUACGACGCCAAAGCUGGACGGCGUGUGGCAAAGCCAUCUUGUGCUGCCAUUGUUGUCCAGGUUGUCCGCCCAGGCUAUGAACAGUCGCAGAAGGUGGAGGUCUACUCGGAGGUGUUUCAGCGUGAAGCCGGAGAGGAGUUUGGUCUGCAGCAGCAUUUAUGCAACACUGUCCGAAAUGCACUAUCGCUCCUUGAUGUCUCGCCGCUCUCUUGUAUAGUGUGGCGCGAUGGAAUAGCAGACUCGAGUUUCGGCGACGAUGCCAUGGAUGAAAUCACUGGCAUUCGGUUGGGUCUCAACAACGGAGAUCUCGGCGGUGGAGACACGACGCAAUCGUCCAUGGAUGUCAAACCACCAGCCAAGUCCGCCAUCAAAGCAGACCCAGUGGGGAAGCCUCAAAACGAAACAGCAAUCGCAGAACGACCGAAAGGAAAGGUCCCUCUUGCCUACAUUGUCUGCCAGAAGAGGAUCGCUAUCAAACUAUUGACGACUGAUGGGCAAUACGCAGCUCCUUCUGGAACCUUGGUUGAUGGCAUCCAAGGCCUUACACACGACACGUUCUACAUCCAAGGACGUGCUCCAAAGAAAUACAGUACAGCAAAACCCACUCGAUUCAUUACUGUCGAGCGCGAUCCUGCACUUGAUUCGCUCAACAUUUCGAAAUUGACUUGGGAGAUGUGCUACGAUUACCCCAAUUGGACUGGUCCCGUCAAAGUCCCUGGUGUGACGAUGGAAGCCCAUAAACUUGCAAUGAUUGCGGGUGUGAUGAGCGACAGUGGCACAAACUUGGCCCACCGAAGAUUCACGAACCGGAAGUGGUACCUAUAGCUUUGCUUUCGCUGCGAGCUUCACGAGGAGCUAUUGUGCCGUUCGUGGUUUGUCAAUGCCAGUUUCUCAUUCGGAUUGUUGGCUUCACAACUCGGUUUUGUUUCAAGUCUGUGUUGCUGCAACGUGGCAUGAAAAUCGACGUAGCUAUGCUUGUUUCCGUCGACAACGAUGGAUAAUACAUUUCGGAAAUUUCGUUCAACAAGAUAAGAAUAAUGCAUGUACGUUUGCUCAUCUUGUCCUCUCGUCUCGUGGGAGCGAUGGGAUCGUUCUGUUCUUCUCUUCGUUCGGAGUGUGUGGAUUGUGGAUCCACAUCCAUAUACCAGGAGAGUGUCCCGCCGACAUGUACCUGGCUUAUCACAUACCGUACAACCUCUUUGCUGCCAAAGCUACUGCUGUUCUCCAACAGCUAUCACAGCUUUUGGCUCACAGCUGGUCCAAGCCCUACUCUAUGGUUCGCUCCUUUGUUUCUGCCCGGUUGAUCAUUGCCCUCUAGAGCUCGUGCUGCUAUGAUGUGCCUAUGAGGCACUCGUGUUCCAGCUCUCAAGCUCUCCAAGCGUUGGGAUGUUUGAGGCGCUCUUGAUCUCUUCCACUAGUCUUACUCCCUUGAUCUCUUCCACUAGUCUUACUCCCUUG